AUGGAGUGUCUUCCCAAAGGCUUGUUGUCGACAGCGACCAAAGAGGUUUCUGAAGACUUGACGGGGGCAUAUUCAGUGGACGUCGCAGAUGUUGCCCGUUUGUGGAGAGUCUACAGCGCCAACCCGUCAGUGCACAAUGAUGACAAAGGAUACCGGCUUGAGAACUUCUUUUGGAGGAUCUGGGGUAGCAAGCGCCUGCUGCAAUCUAUCACUGGUUCCAUGCUGGCCGACUUGUUCUCGAGGAUCUCAGACCAGCGUUCGAUUUCCUUAUCUGAGCUGCACAAGACCCACAAGAGAGCAGUCCAGGCCGACAAGCCGCGCAAGCCUAGCAGUGGCAGCGGCAGGCCACUUCCACCCAUUCUGAAGAAGCCGAGUAGCAGUCACUCCUCCCACGGAGAAACACACAAGACUACCCGUAUCCUGCUCACUGGCCUGGAUGGUCAGAGCACGACCCGCAAACCCUCUAACACACCCACACCCAUUCCCACCACUCCAUUGAUCGUACCCGAGCCUGCCACAAGAGCUCCGCCGAAGAAGGCUUUUGUCGUGGCUGCGAAAGCUAGAGGAGCCAAACGGCGACCAGUGAUCAUGCGUCGCAAGUCGUCGCAGCACUCCAACGGUACCACGGGCAGUUCUAAUCAGGACCCUGCUCCACUGAUGACGGACUACCCGGAGACUCGCCCAGUGCUGAUGCGGCGCAAAUCUUCUCAGCAGUCGUCUGGCACCACCAGUAGCUCGGUCUUCGAGGAGACUCCGCCGGAAUCUGGCCCACUGGAUGCUGAAGACCUUCGUGGUUCUGCACUGAAGCCGCGCGGAUCACAACAGUCAUCUGGUACUAGUGGUGAUCCUACUCGCCUCUUGACUCCGCAAGGCGACUCCAUACCUGAGAGUGUGAGACCUGUCGAAAUUCAGAAGUCGAUGCAGCGUGAUUCCUCUCAGCCGCUGUUGGAAACCACUGGCGUCUCUACCAUUGCAGAGCCGACCCCACUGACCGACUAUUCUCAGAUUCAACCCAAGCAGAAUGAGAUCAAGGUGUCCGAGACUGUGGAAGAGGUUGCUAUAUCCCCUAAGGAUGCAGACCAAGAGCUGUGUGAAAGCGUCGAAUCCCAGUCAAAGACACCUGAUACAGCUGCCAGUCACCCAGAAGAGCAGUUCAAGUCGGGCAGUCUGCCGGCAGCAUUCCUUGAGGACUUGAGGGAGCUGCUCAACCCAGACAACCCACCUAGAGUCCCUUCACCACCACCGCGAAAGCGUCCGUGGGGCGACUUCCUGGUCAAGCCACCCACACCCAAGCCGAACUUCUUCGUGCCAAGCGCUAUUCGCCGCUAUGACUACCGACACCUGGAGGCUGAGAACUACCAGCCAUCCACGGCCAAGUUGGUCGACAAGAACUUUCGGCAGCGGUUCUCGGACAGUAUCCGCCAGGAGCACUUCCUUGCGUCGUCUGUGGGGGUUUCCGGCUUCGGGUCGCUGUCCGCGCCAGCGCCUCCAGACCCGAUGCAGACAGCAUCUAGCGGGAUACUCACCAGUACGAACCUGUCUCCUCGAUUUGAGAGCUCACCUGGCACUGCAUCGACGGCCCCGACCUCUGGCGUGACACUGGAGACCAUAUCGGACGAUGAGAUGUCCGUGAGCUCUGAUGUCGAGGACGACAGCGCCGAGGAGGACGAGGGACCGGCUUUGCUGACUCCGUUCUCGUUGCCCCCCAGCCGCAGUGGAAUUAGCAUGAUGCUGGAGCGGAGCCGAGGGGGUUGCGGGUUGCGUCGUCCUAAGGAUAGCUAG